GGCGGAAAGCCGUUGGUGUUUGGAAUUAUAUCUAUCCUCCUUCAACGCGUCUGGCAGUCGUACACAACUCAUAGAUUCCCUGAUCGUCCUUGGAUUUUUUACCUUACAGUACAGCCAUGGAACUAUGGACUUCUCUAUGUAGCGCGAUCUUGUGGAAUGCGGUCCUGGCACUCGGCAUACCCCAGACUGGCGCACAGCAACCUCUUCUACCGACACAACGAGCUCAGGCACAUUCCUACGCUACUGGUGUCAUAUUGGGAUUUACAGAGAGCGGCAGCAACCAGGAGCACCGUUUUGAGAUACCUCUACGAGCGCAGAUCUCUUCAGGCACGUGUUUCGAAGAAUUGGAAAUUCCAAAGCAAGUACUGACUCCACAAUUAGGCGUCGACUUACCGGGCCACCUGAAAACAAUAAAGAUAAUAGCAGCAACCAAUCAGCAAGGGCAAUCGGCGCCAUUGGAAAGUUUGAGUCGUAUUAUAUGUCGGGUCAUCCCGAAGAUCAGCAUGGAAGAGAAGGAAAUGGGCGAGCAGAGGGUCUGGCCGUGGUUUACUGCAGAAGAUGCAGUGGUGCGGUUCGAGGCUUCUUCCUCACGGUGGUACCUCGCAGGCAGAUCAAUAGAAAGGUUCGAGUGUCGAUGACACCCUGGAGUUCCAAGAUUCUCGAGGUCAUGCGAUUGCGAUCCAACUAUCAUUCCAAAGCUCCAAUUGAGGGGUAUAGUAUACUAGGCCGCGAGAACCCUUCUCUUGAGCUGUCCGUUUCGCAGCUGACCAGAUCAAAACCAACGCCAAACUAUGCAAUUUCCGAUGUGCAAUCAGACAUUAUUCUCACCCCCGUUCAUUCCCACCAUUUCAUAUUCACCUGCGCCAUCUCGCCCCCUGCCUCGGCCUCUACCUCUUGAUUCACCAGCGCC